AUGUCUCUCAAACGGAAGAGAGGAAUCGACGAGAUACUUGACUCCCGGAUGAUCACUGUUGUUGUUGGCAAAGGCGAUUCGAAGCGCGAAUACGGUGUCCACGAAGGAGCUCUGGCCCAUCUGUCGGGGCCUCUUGAAGCUUUACUUACGGGCGGUACGCAAGAAGCCCUCGAGGGCAAGAUUAUUUGGGACGAUGUCGAACCUGCCACCUAUCGCCUCCUUUCACAUUACGCAUACCAAGGCUCCUACCCGAUACCCUACCCCGGGAACACAAGCGACAUCGAAUAUGACUUAAUAGAAGGAGGAGACGCAAGAGAAGAGACAGUCCAUUACGAGUCGUUACGAACAUGGAUCGAGUCCAUGUCAUUAGAGAACAACAACGAACACCUCGCAGUUUUCAACUUUUGCAAGAAGCACUUCUGCAAGUACGGAGUCAGGAAAUUGCCUUCACCAAGCAGGGACCAUUUGGUUCAGGGAGAGGAAUCUGAGGGGCAGAAUUCAGAGAUUACUGUCACAUUGGAUGACCUCUUGAAGCCAUCGGAACUCUACAUUCUCGCCGACAGGUACUUCAUCGAGGACCUCAAGGAGUUAUGCGUCAAUGAUGUGGACCGCAAGCUGUGCAACGCGGCUGGAGACACCAUGUUGAUUGGCCACAUCUGCUCCGUACUUCGAUUCCUCCAUGCACAGACGUUACCCAAGGACAAACUUCGCAAGCUGUUUUUACGAUACCUCGUUGCGGAUAUGGUGUUCACAAUGAAAAACGGAGUUGAAGAACUGAUUCGCGACUUUGCGGACUAUGCUGUAGAACUGCUGCUUGAGAUACCCCAUACCUACUGGGAAGAACUUCAAGGUCGAGCAUCAGAGUCACCAGAUGCUUAA